UCAUGGGACCCCUGGGCAAUAGGGGAUCAAACUCAAAAAAGCCUAUGAAAAAGGUACCAGGGGCAUCUCAUGGGCCCCCCUACUGACCCCGGGCCCUCGGGCAGUGCCCAAGUUUCCAAAUGGUCAGUCCGCCCCUGUUCCCCACACACUCAUGGUGCAAUCUUAUGCUAUCUGGCUGUCAUAAUAUUGCUCAAAACGACAGGUGCGAGUUGCUGUCUGGCUAUACAUACUCUUGACUAUAUGGCCAUACUGAUGACAUCAUGUUUUAUUUUAUUUUACUUUUAAAGGAGG